AUGAAGCAGGUGAAUCAGCGCAAUGUCCCAGGGAUCGAUAAUGCCUACCUGGCCAUGGAUACGGAGGAAGGCGUCGAGGUUGUUUGGAAUGAGGUUCAGUUCUCGGAACGGAAGAAUUUCAAGCUUCAAGAGGAGAAAGUUAAAGCAGUGUUUGACAACUUAAUUCAGCUGGAACAUCUGAACAUUGUGAAAUUUCACAAAUACUGGGCGGAUGUAAAGGAGAAUAAGGCCAGGGUGAUCUUCAUCACUGAAUAUAUGUCCUCAGGAAGCUUGAAACAGUUCCUGAAGAAGACAAAGAAAAACCACAAGACUAUGAAUGAAAAGGCCUGGAAGCGCUGGUGUACCCAGAUCCUCUCUGCUCUCAGCUACCUCCACUCCUGUGAUCCUCCGAUCAUCCAUGGCAACCUGACCUGUGACACCAUCUUCAUUCAACACAACGGACUGAUCAAAAUCGGAUCAGUGGCACCAGACACAAUUAACAACCAUGUGAAGACAUGCCGUGAAGAGCAGAAGAACCUGCACUUCUUUGCCCCGGAGUACGGAGAAGUUGCCAAUGUCACCACCGCUGUGGACAUUUACUCUUUUGGGAUGUGUGCCCUGGAGAUGGCGGUCCUGGAAAUACAGGGCAACGGAGAGUCGUCCUACGUGCCCCAGGAGGCCAUCAACAGUGCCAUCCAGCUGCUGGAGGACCCCCUGCAGCGGGAGUUCAUUCAGAAGUGUCUGGAACUGGACCCUGGCAAGCGUCCCACUGCGCGGGAGCUCCUUUUCCAUCAGGCGUUGUUUGAGGUGCCAUCGCUGAAGCUCCUGGCAGCUCACUGCAUCGUUGGGCAUCAGCAUAUGAUUCCUGAAAACGCCUUAGAGGAAAUGACCAAAAACCUUGAUAUGAGUGCAGUGCUGGCUGAGAUCAACCAUCCUGAAAGAGAAGGAAUCAAGAUGAUCUUCUCCCAGUCUCCAGCGCUGGAGCUGGACAAGUUCCUAGAGGAUGUCAGGAACGGCAUCUACCCGCUCACGGCUUUUGGGAUGCCGCGGCCCCAGCAGCCCCAGCAGGUGGUAGUGAAGUCGCCCAUCGUCCCACCGUCAGUGAAGACCCCAACUCCGGAGCCCGCCGAGGUGGAGACCCGUAAGGUGAGACGGCAGCUGCAGCCCUCACGAGUGCUCCUCUGCUUCCAGUUAACGCUGCUGCUGAAACUGGAAGACAAGUUGAAUCGACACUUGAGCUGUGACCUGCAGCCCAAUGACAAUAUCCAGGAGCUGGCAGCCGAACUGGUCCAGCUUGGGUUCAUCAGUGAGGCUGACCAGAGCAGACUCACCUGUUUACUUGAAGAGGCGUUCAGCAAGUUCUACUACACCCGCAACGGGGCCCUGACGGCCGUCACGGUGUCGUCUUAGCAGCUCCCGCUCCCGGGCGGCCAGUGCGGCUUUGUUGCCUCUGCCCCCUCUGCGUCUGUCCAUCACCGUAGGGCACCCGCAAGCCCCAGCUGCAGCGCUUGGAAGCUCGUCCUGCAUGUGCCGUGGCUGGGCCCAGCGACAAUCCUCCCUGCCCGCCUAUUAAAGGGGACUUUGCGCGUCAGUAUUAUUUCCAGCCCUGUUUCUGUUGGGAUUUUGCCAGGUGGUGCCGGGGAGCCGGGUCCUGGCGUGGGCUGUUCUGUAGCCCCGUUCAUGUGCAUGGAGUUUGUUUUGUUUGAAUUGUACAAAGUGUCUUUUGCACAGCACAGUUUUUUUUUUUU